GGCGGCAGCUUGCUGCUCUUGGCAGUCUGCGAUCGCGUCGACAAAAUUUGUGGUUUCGUUGUAAGUUCCGUGAAAGUAGCGUGUGGCCGGCACUGUUCGCAACCACUGGAAAGCGUUCUACAGCGCUAAAACCUCGUUGGGACAGUCAUGGAGUCUACGGAGGGUGUUCAGUGUGUCGGCUCGCUUCUUGUGGGGUGAGAACUUCGCGCAAGCUUUGCGUACCUACCUUGCCUUGAUUCUUGGGUCCCUGCGUCCUUUUCUGCUGUGCCUCCACGUGCUUGCUUUUCUGCCCUUCGCCUCCUGCUCUGUUUCUGGUGGUGGGCGUCCCUGUGCUUCUGCAAUAUCACCCAGAACUAUCUGGUACAACUCAUCUCACAAGGCGGGCCCGUCUGGUCUCGAUGCGCGAUCUGGUUCCCGAGGACAGCAGCGGAAGCAGUAGCAGCGACGAAGAAGAGAGCAGCAGUAUGAUGAAGCACCACCAACAGCAGCAGCAGCAGCCCGACCACCAGGGCCCCUGCGAGAACUACAUGACGCACAACUGCGUCACCAUCAUUCCCGUCGAGUACCCGCGCUCGGACAGCUCGCCGCUCUCAGCUUGCACCCUUCGCGGGGGACCGGCGGCGGUGGGCGGUGGCGGCGACAAGCGGGGUGACUAUGCCACGCUGGACCACCGCCACGGCCACCACCACCACCACCACCACAGCGCGCCGUCGCCGUACGCGGUGUCCGUGCCGGCGCUCGCCACCACCACCACCACGCGGCGCCAGCUGCCGACGCCGACGCACCACCACAGCCACCACAACCAGUACCACCAGCACCCGGCCGCCGGCGCCAGCCACCACCACUUGCACCAGCACCACAACCACGUUCGCCCGCAGCAGUGUUACCAGUUGCCCCCGCUCGGCACGGUGGGCCACGGUCACGACGAUGCGCCAGGCUGGCGAAUCCUACCCACGCCGGCGGCCCGAGACCACCUGGUGCCCCCGCCGGCUCCGGCGCCGACCCCGAACUUGGCUCCGCCGCUGGCUCCGGCCCCCCAGCAGCGGCCGGUGACGCCGCCUCCCGCACCGGUGCCUCCGCCAAAGCAAGAGAUGUGCGUGUACCUCAUGAACAAGGUGUGCCUCUGUGUCGAGGUCGGCAAUGUCCAGUUGGCGACGGCCCACGAGAUCAUCGACAUCAUCGCAGAGGACGACACCGAGAUCAACUUCCCCGCACAACUCAAGGAUGUGUUUGCCCUGUGGAUGACCUCUCCAUUGCUUGAGCUGCAGCUGAAGCCAGAUCACAGACCGUACUUGAUCCGGGAGCGGUGGUCAGAAUACCUAAAGAAGUACACCUUUGCCACAAAGCAACAGCUCGACUCUGACGAACCAGUGCUGACACUGCAGAGGAACGUCUUCCUUGAGAAAUCCAAAGAGAAGGAGGUCACUGACCUCAAGCUGCUGAAAAUGCUCUUUGCGGAAGCCAAGGGCAAUGUCCUCGACGGGAGGUACCCCUGCGAGACUGAAGACUGCAUGGUGCUGGGCGCUAUCCAGGCCCGACUCGAACUUGGCCCAUACGACCCACUCAAGCACACCCCGGAGUUUUUCAGAUCUCGGAUCCGAGACUUUCUCCCCGAGCAUGCCUGCCGCUCGCACUGGUUCCUGCUCGGCCUGGGCGCCAAAAAUGGCCCCGAGCGUCGUCUCUCCGAGCACUACAAGGCUAUCGCGAGCAAUGUCAAGGAGAGCCGUCUGAUGCGAAAGUACCUUGAAUUCUGCUGGGCCUUCCCUUACUACGGGAGUGCCUUCUUCAAUGGUCAAGUGGAAAGGCCCGUGACUGGUAUAGCGGCCCUGAUGAACCACUACGACCUUCCCGUCCUUGUGGCCAUCAACCGUGACGGUGUUCACGUCAUGGACCCAAGUCAGCCAGUGGUGCUGCUCAGCUUGCCGUACAAGCAGCUGUCAUGGGACUAUGCCUGCCCCACGCAGCCCGACAACCCCGACUGCCUGCCUUGCCUGUUCCUGCAGUUCCAGCUGCUAGGGCAGAAUGAGACGUCUGUGCUUCAGAUCUUCUCGCGACAGGCUAUACUCAUGGAUGCCCUGAUUUCCACGAUUGUCGAUGAGCUGAAGAAGCGAGCUUCUUGGAUUGAAGCUAAUGUCGAGACCACUGCAGUUAGUUCCAGAGCAGACGAUGAUAUCCAAGUGCCGCUGACAGUGAAGAAACUCAGACAGGAGCAAGGACUGUCGGGACGCUUGCGAAAGCUUUCCAUCGCAAAAUUCAACAGCAGUGGUGACUACCUCAAUUCCAAGGGUUCCCUCGAGUUCAGAAGGGAUGACCGCCCGAGAUGAUUGGGGUUCGAAAGGGAACCACCUUGGUACUGAGGCAAUCCCGCUGCCUGGAAGUGAUGUCCACGCCCCGUACGCACACGUGCUACGGAGCGGGAUUAAUUAUAGUGCGCCAAUGCAUCAAGCCAGGCGUGCCAUCUCGCAGCUCACUUUUGCCUGAAACGGACAUUGCCACUUUUCUGGGGGCAUGCCAUGUCGCUAUAGGCUUGCUGGCAAAGAAAGCACCUAGCAUCGUGUGGCCUUUGGACAGUGCGAGCUUAUAACGACGUUGUGGGGCUGAAGUAAUCAGAGGCUGAAGGGAUUUGAUUAACAGUACUUUAGUGCUCCUCUCUCAGAGCAGCAUUCCAGGCACACAGAGAGUUUCCUUCGGAAAGUCUGCUACUAAUUUACAUGUUCGCUUGCGAGAAGCCAGGGAUGCAGAUAGAAUGUGUAAAAAGGUUCAACAUGGCUGCAAUAGUGGCUGCUGAAAUGGCUGCUACCAAUGCUGUGACUGAUCUAUCUCCUUGUUUGAGACAAGCCAUAGAUAGUGCAGAAUGCACGAGAAGGUUGAAAAUGGCUAGAAACGGCUACGAAAACGGGCUGGAAUGGCUGCUGCAAUGGCUACUGCCCACGGAAAGAAACCAUUGCUAGAUGCGUCUGUAAAUCAUUUUUGCUCACCCUGUAACGAGUUUGUGAGGUGCGAAUUCUAGAGCUGCAUUUCGUACGCACCUGACAAGAUUGCGUGUAAGCUGCAGGAUGGCACGCCUGUUUGGCCCAGAAUGCGCUGGCACUGAAAGAGGCGCACACAUUUAUCGGAGGAAGUGAUGUGUUCCGAAAAAACCACCUCUUAAACCCCCUUUCCCCAUCACCACCCAGAGGGCUUUUUGUGACGUCCUCACUUUUUCCAUUGUUACGCUGUCUUUCGUUUUUUAUACCGUGGCUCCGCUGACAAACGGUGUCUGUGAGCCGCAUCAGUAUUAGAUAGUAGAGUAUUUCGAUUUUUGUUCCGCUGCUGUUGCCGUGGUGAUUACUCUUUUAUUGUAGCCGAGAAAGGCAGCACAGAUGUAUAUGUUAAGCCCGCUGCCGUGCCUCCUGCACGCAAUGAAUUUUGUUUACAGCACGAUUCCCUGUUGUACGUCAUGGCUUUGCAGGUGAACCUGCAUGCCCUCAUGUGCUGGCAACAAUUUUGAAGUGGGUAGAGAGGCUGGCCUGGUGUCAUAUCUUGUAAUGAUCCGUUUCAUUUUCCAAUCUCCUGUUCUUAUCAUUUAUUGCACUGUCUGGCCGAACCAGGUGAUAAUAGGGCUCAAGCCAGUGACGAAGAGCGAAGAGAAUGGAAGAUAGAAUGGGUUCUUACAAAGUUUGGCCCUUGGUCCACAGCUUCUGCCAGAAAGUUCCAAUGCCUCUCAUGUUUCAUGUCAAGAUGAAGUCGCCACUUUGAAAAUCUGUCGGUGCCUUGUAACAUUGGAUCAAGAGGCAGUAAAGCAUCAGUCUAUGUUGAUGUAGAAAGGCCAUGGUAAUGCAGUUAGUGCCUGUUAAGCUUAGACCAGAUAGUUAUGUAACAAUGCAAAAGGGCAAGCUGAAUUUUGUGGUUACAGUUUUGAUCGAUAACGUGCAGAUAUUGCUGUGAGUCGAGACUGAUUGGCUGAGCAAGCUCAAAGCAAAUGCGAUGGAAAUAAUGGUGCACCACUUCAUUCAACAGUAUUUUCACAUUGCCUACCUCUUGAGCAUGUAUAGUAGCACGGGAUUUCCAACAGUCCCGUGUGGCAUCGAACCUGGACCUUGCACUAUGUGAAGGUAUACCCAAAAAAUGAUCAGAAAUACAGCCUCUUUGUUGCUAAAUAGGUUACUACUCUUUUAUCUCGCGUGUGUGCCAACAUAGCCAGCUAUGAUGCCAGAUCCGAAGCGAAAAAGAUAAAAAGAAAAGACAUCUUGGAAGUGUGAUGAUUGGGUUGCUGUUAUACGUUGAGAUGAAGCUCGUGUCUCCUUUUAACCUUAGUUCAGAAGCCUAAAGGAAGAUCAUGGACAGAAUUAACUAGUACUUACAUACACCGAUUUAGAGUAUUUAAAUGCAUUAUGUUACGGUCGUAGUAAUGUCCAUUUUUCUGCAUUACGAAGUGUGUCUUGCGAAGUGUUCGUGCAAAUGUGCUAGCAUCUUGCACUCGGGAGUGAUCAGCCCAGGCUACAACAGUUCCACUUGCAAGUUCUCUCUGCUCGUGAACAUGCCAUUUUUCGUCCUCGCCGUUGUUCUCAGACAUGCACCACCGACUUACGAUUCGAUUGAGUCCUAGAAGCUGUCGUUUACGUUGUGUGGUGUACAGACAUACAAGCAGUCCAAGAGGGUGUUGUUGUCAAGCGGCGACUAUUCUUUAAACCGCAUCAGAGUAGUAAAGAACUACCCAUGCGUCCUGUCGCGACGUCCUUCAGUUUGCAUAGAAACGUGAAAUUGAGCUAGCAAAAGGCACUGCACUUCAAAACAGGAAGUGGUCGUGGCAGCUUGAAUGUACCAUUCCUUGUUGUGAGCAAUGUUUUGACAUGCAUGGCCACAGGAACAAGAAUGUCAGUGGCAACGUCCCCUGACAACUUGUCCGACUCCAAUGAGUUGGAAGCAUUGUCAGUUCAUGCGACUCUUCGCAAGGUGACCCAGGACUGUUUUGUGGAGGUUUUACCAUUGCUGCCAAAUAUUUUCUAUGCAGCAAGUCAAUGAACACAAGUUGCUCUCGACAAUAAGAGCGCACACUUCGUUUAACCCCUUCUCGUUCGCAUUUUUUUUCAAUGUAAUGAAAAUGUUUUAAUACAUGCCUCUGAACAACUAAACUUGAAGGAAAAUAAAGGAAAGCUUCCCACUGAAUUUUACGGCAAUCACUUGAAGGUUUUGCUCGUGAACAUACAAAAAUGCAACCUUCGGUAAGUAGCAUGUGGUUUUUCAGACUCCUUAAUUCACAAUCAUAAUGGCAUGAAAUAUGGCCAAAUUAAGGCGAUUUUUUUGCCACCCAAGGCGGGUUAUAUGCAUCUUGCAACAGGCUCCAAAAAUAAAAUGCAGAGGCCAAGCCUUAGUGGGAUGCGUCGCAUGGACAUCUGUGAAAUUUUAGGGAGAGCCCUAUUUAUCUGCGGCACAGUUGACAAAUUAUGCAGUUAGCAUUGCUGAACUCGUUUCCGAAAGUACUUGCGGCGUUGGUUCUUCUCUAUGUCGAUAUUUCCUGCAAAAUGUGCUUCCUACAGGAAUCAUUGGGCCAGAAACAGUUUUAAAAAAAAAGCACCAGAAGGUAUCUAUACUGUUGCUGCUACUCCCAAGCUGACGUCGCAUGGAUAGUUUCUUUCAGUUACAAAACUGCCACUGUAGCAAUUACAAUAUUUUUUAUGGGGACUUGUGAAUAAAUGUACAAAUGUAUAAAACAAAAACGUUGUACCAACUGGCCACCGAGUUGGGCGACAGACGACAAGGUCUGCGCUUGCAGCUUCAGCUGUCCAUUCUUUUCUUUGCUUGCUUACGCACUGUAUGCGAGUAAACUUCAUUGCAAAGUGCAGUACAUGCGAAUGAAAACUUUUUCUGAAGUUCAGAAGCGUAUGCUUGUGUAAAGGUUUCUGAAUAUGUUCCCACGCUGUUAAUAAACAGUUCUGAUGUCUUUACAGACAUGCGGAUGUAUCAUGGAAUACCAUGGCUAGUGGGUGAAUAGUUUGUGCAGAUUCGGUUGCAGCGCAAAUGUUACUGAAGGCUGCACCUAGAGGUAUUGCUUGAAACAAAUAUGUUAAGUCCUUUAUUGCGCACUUCUGUGUUUAACCUCUGCCAGUUCACUUACAAUGCUGUUAUAACAUUGCCUAGUAGUUUAUUAUCAUAGCGACAAGGAAAAUACCUUUUUCUUGCUACAUAGGACAAAUGUCUAUGAUCCACAACGUCGAGCAUCUGCAGAUAAGUUCUGAAGCAUUGUUUACUCUCUGCACAAUGUCCACACUUAGUGCACAUUUUUUUACACGGUCAAUGUUGAUGUUUGUAUGCGUUUAUUCUCUUCCCACCAACAUAGACAAGACAAUGUACAGGAUAAAGAAGACAGUCUGCGUACGCUGUCGAAAUCAUUCUUUGAGCAACAAGUCAGAUGGUCGUUUAAAAAAAGAUGUGCGGCUACUGAUGUAGUGACACAGCUGUGUUCGAGCAAGGAAUGUCAAAUAUGUACAGAUUUUUGUGACCAUCGUUGAAAUAAAGACACGUUUAAAUAUGCCAAAGAAUAA